UCAAUUUUAGAGUAACACCCUUGUUUAUUCAUUAUUGAUACUUGCCGCUUUUUUUUUUCCAAGCAGUCAUGGGCCGAAUCUUCCAUUCCGUUCUUUCCCCGCAAGUUUGGCCCAUUCGGCGGUGGCCCCGUAACCCUAUCUUGCGGGACCCAUCGUCCAGAGAGUCAAAUAAAACGCCAGGGCGAGUCCUCUUCCAAAAGACGGCGCCGCCAAAUCGAAACAGAGGCAGACCCCACCCGAAGAAGCACCGGCGACGAAGGGGGAGCCCAAGCGAAGCGUGGCUCGCUAAUCCGAUCUCUCAUGGAGUCCCGGGCGCCGGGCAGGGACGAGGAGGACGCAGAGGCGCUCUUCCUCGCGGCCGAGGCCGUCGGCAACGGGGCGGCGGCGGCCGUCACGGUGGCUGUUGACGCGAUGGGCUCGGUCCAGGCGGACGGGUCCGGCCUGCCGAAGCCGGAGCCCGUGCCGGUGGAGUUCCUGGGCGGCGGGCUCCAGCUCGCCAACCCGCGCCCCGCACCGCGGUACCGCGACCGGCACACCAAGGUGGAGGGCCGCGGGCGGCGCAUCCGCAUGGCGGCGCCGUGCGCGGCGAGGGUCGCCCGCCUCACGCGCGACCUGGGGCACAAAUCCGACGGCGAGACCGUCCGCUGGCUGCUGCAGCAGUCGGAGCCGGCCAUCAUCGCCGCCACGGGCACGGGCACGGUCCCCGCGAUCGCCGUCACGGGCUCCGACGGCGUGCUCCGCCUCCCCGCCGAGCCGCCCCCCGCUGACGCCGACGGCGAGCAGCAGGACCCGGCCCCCAAGCGCCGCCGCAAGCUCCAGCCGACUCGCGCCGCUGCGGGACCCUCGGCGCCGGCCCCCGCGGCGUACUACCCCUUCGUCGCCGACCCCCUCCUCCAAGCCAACGGCGGCGGUGCGAUUUCCAUCUCCAGCGGCCUCGCCCCCGCAUCCGCUCCCGCGGGGCCCGCAGGCGCCAUCCCUUUCCUCGCCAUACCGGCGCCUGCCCCCGGGGCAAGUGGCGACGGGAAGCAGGUGAUCCCGACGGCGGCUAUGUGGAUGGUUCCGCAGCAGGUCGGCGCAGCAGGCGCGGCCAACCAGCCGACUCAUUUUUGGGCGUUCCCAACCAAUCCUGAACUCUUCAACGUCGGCAACUUCCAGCAGCAAGCGGUGUACGAUGCGGAGCAGCUUGCCGGCAACGGAGAUUCAGAGGACCAGCAGUUCGGCGGCCACCAGAUCGGUGAGGGGGAGGGGGAGGGGGAGGACGAAGAAAUCGCCGUGACGGAUUCCAGUUCAGAAGAGUAGCAGCCCAGCAUUGUCAUUGUGAAGUCAACUCCCAAGAUUCCAACCCAAAGACUAGUGAAGACUAUCAAACUUUUCUUCUCUUUUGUGGUAGAAAGUAAAAACUAGAAGUAGGUACUCAAGGUUAUGUGAUGCUAGUUUUGAAAUUGCUAAUUGACAUUGGAACCUUGUUGGGAGAACAGAGAGUUCCGUUGGAUUUAUGGAUCAUUCCAUGGUAGCGAUUUGAUAAAUCUCAAAUGUGACGAUACCUAGAACCCCCCAAGUGUUUGGCACCAUAUAGAUUAUGCGAACUUCAUGAUAACCAUGUGACAGAAAGUUUAGGUACAGGUAUCUAAACUUACUCGCCGUUGUGAUCAUUUCCCGCUACUUUGCGAUUGGAACGUUAUCUUGGAUAUUCUUGUUU